UUUCAACUAAUUUAUUGUCCGUUACCUAUCCAUUAGCCUGCUCACACUUAUCGUCAUGACUCUACGUACUACUACCAUUUCGCGCCGAGACCUUCAGGGGGAUACCGCUCUAGCGGCCAACAUCACUGAAGUGAACCACCUAGCGUCAUAUAGCUGGAUCGAAGCUCCUGUUCCAACAAUUGCUGUUCCGGGUGUUCCACCAAGAUGGACCCCUCUGAGGGGCCAGCAACGACUACCGAAGGAUGCUGGGCUAAUAUACAUCGCCCAAAAUGCUGCUCGUCAUCCUGAUAGCCCCCUCGAGCCAUUGUUUCGCGCGCUGUAUAUUACUCAGCCUGCUUUUGACAUCCUUACCACCGAUGUUGUGACCGAUCGGAACAACCUUCGCAAGUUGCUGUCAUUCGUCGACCCUUCCUCAAGCAGGAACGGACUCGAGUCAUUCACCAUCGACGUAGAGGUCACAAAGGAUACGGCCAUUUUUUGUCGGAUGGAGACCGAGACUCAGGAGAUCAUAGGCCCAAAUGAAUUCAGGGGCUUCGGUCAUGAGUUUGAGAAAGCAUACACUACUGAUGCUAUCAAUGGUAGUACCGGCCAUCACCGUAUCGUUUCAUACAAGUUCUAUGGCCUAAACUUUAUCAUACGUCACGAGGUAGAUGGAUAUGUCAGUAAUCGUAAGGAGACAUCUUCCAGGGGACGAGGAACGGACGACAUCUCUAGCCUCUUGGGUUCGUUGUCUCUUUCUACAAGCGACAACACCAACAAGGCUUCACGUGUUGCAGGAUCAAAGCUAGUCAUUCGAGAAGAGGGCCAUAUCGUGCCUAUCGAGUCUACGCUCGAGAUUAAAACGCGGGUCGCCCACAAACCCCUCAACAUCAUGGAGAUCGCACCACAACUUUGGGUUUCCCAAACUCUGAAGCUUGUUCGAGCGUACCACAGCAGAGGCGUAUUUCAGGAGCCGCGCGUUGAGGACGUGGCGGCAGAUAUCAGAAGAUGGGAACAGGGAAACCAAGCAAACUUGAAGAAGCUGGCUAUCCUCAUCAAGAAAAUCAUUAGCGCGGUGAAGGGCUUUGGCGGAAGAGCUACUGUUAGAUACGAUGCGAUUAUGGGCCAGCUGGUGAUAAAACAGACUGAUGAGGAACGGAUGUUACCAAAGGACUUGUAUUCCAAGUGGGACAGUAGAGACGACUUGAAAGGAAAGCUUCCAUCCAUGCGAGACGCGCGACAGGCUUUGGGUCACGGAAACCGCAAUGGUACCAGAAAAGAAGACGACAUCUGAUGUCUACAUAUGGCUCAUUGAUAACACCAUGGUAGAAUAUAGAGGUCUGCCAAAGACGGUCGUAACCAAAGCCUACGCCGUGGUUUGAGUACGCAGGUAGAUUAGGUACCAUCCAAAAAUACUUGCCUUGAAUUCAUUAUGAUUGAUAAAGAAAUACGUCAUGUUCAUUUGACCAUGUAAAUGCGUAUUUGGGUAGGAUAUGCCUUUUUUAUGUACGUAGUACGACUGAUUGCUAUGGUAAGUGACCACAAAGUUGAAAAUAAAUCGCCUUCAAUUUUAGUCUAAGAUCAAAUGAACUAAAAAAUAGGAAAAGGGGGAAUGUAAAGGUUGCUGUGGGUCAGAUUAGCAUCAUGCUCGAAUCAAUCACGCUUCAGUAAAUUCAAGUCAGGCUU